AUGAGCUCGACAAACAACCCGGGCAUUGCGGGCAGCAACCUGCUACCUGGAAAGAUUGUUGCCAUCACAGGCGCUUCGCGUGGCAUCGGACGUGCGUGCGCGCUCGCCUGCGCUGCACACGGAGCCAAAGGCAUCGUCAUCCACUACCUCGGCGAUGCCGACACCACGACCGAAGCCCACUCGCUUCAAACCGAACUCAGCGCACUCGGUGCCGAUGCCAUCCUCGUCUCUGGAGACAUUUCCGACGCAGCGGUCGGCCAGAGCAUCGCCAACGCCGCCGAAACGGCAUUCGGAAGGCUGGAUGUGUUCAUCUCGAACGCGGGCAUCUGCCCAUUUAUGGGCUUCCUCGAGAUGGAAGCGUCCACGUGGCGUCAGGUGCAAGACGUCAACCUCAACGGAGCCUUUUUUGCCACGCAGGCAGCGGCACGGUUGAUGGCGCGCCAGAUCCCGAGAGGCGGGUCGAUCGUUGCGAUCGCCAGCAUCUCAGCGCUGGUCGGGGGUGAGUUUCAGAGCCACUACACGCCGACCAAGGCGGGUCUGAAGAGUAUGAUGGAGUCGGCUGCGAUCGGAUUAGGGCCCUUGGGCAUUCGGUGUAAUAGUGUGCUGCCGGGCACGAUCGAGACUGCGAUCAAUGCGGAUGAUUUGAAGGACGGGGACAAGAGGAGGAGGAUGAUCGAGAGGCAUCCGUUGAAGAGGCUAGGAAGGCCCGAGGACGUGGCGGGGCCGGUGGUGUUCUUGGCGUCGGAUCUGGCGCAGUUCAUGACGGGCAGCUCGGUGCUGGUGGAUGGUGGCUGUUUUGUCAAUCUGCAGUGA